CUCCGCCGAUCUUUGGAGGCUGGGCGAUCCGCGCGGUGUCAGAAACCGACGCCGACGUCGUCACGACACGAACUCGCCGUGCACCGCGGCGGCGGGUAUCACGCGCCUGUACGCGAGGUGGUCACAGAAGGUCAACCGGAGGCAGCGCGAGGGCAUCGCCGAGGCGAACGGGGUGGCCCAGGAGGCCCUCCGCAACGUGCGCACGGUCCGCAGCUUCGCCGCCGACGGGCUCGAGAGGUCGAUCUUCGACGGGCACAUCGACGGCGCCUCCCGCUUCGCGAAAGUGGACGCCAUCAUGUCCGCCGGGGUGAACGCCAUCACCGGCUACCUGAGCUUCGCCGCGACCAUCCUGAUCCUGUGGUACGGUGGCCAUGCGGUGCUCUCUGGCGGAGACAGCGGCGAAAAUGACGGGGAGACCCUCACUGUUGGCAAGCUCAUAACGUUUAACCUCUACUGGGACAUGAUGAACCAGGCGAUCCAGGGGUUGAACGGCGUGAUGAAUCAGGUGAUCCGAGGCGUCUCGGCUGGCCAGCGGGUGUUCGAGAUCCUGGAUCUGGAGCCCGACAUCCCCCUGGAUGUGGGCGAGGCGGUGGAGGCGGGACCGUGUUCCGUCGAGUUCUGCGGCGUGCACUUCGCGUACCAGAUGCGCAUGGGGAAGCAGGUGCUCUCUGGGCUCAGCUUCAAGGCGCCGCCCGGGCAGACGACGGCCAUCGUCGGCAGGAGCGGGGCCGGCAAGAGCACGCUGCUGGGCCUGCUGCUCCGCUUCUACGACCCCCAGGCGGGCGACGUGCUGCUGAACGGGCGCAGCCUCACCCAGUACCGGCUGCGCGACCACCAGAGGAGGAUCGGGGUGGUGUCGCAGGACACCCAGGUGUUCUGCCGGCCCAUCCGGGAGAACCUCACCUACGGCCUGGAGCCCGGCAGCGUCUCCGUGGAGGACAUGGAGCGCGCGGCCCGCAUGGCGAACGCGCACGAGUUCAUCGCGGAGAUGGACGCGGGCUACGAGUCCAUCGUCGGCGAAGGCGGCACGCGCUUGAGCGGCGGCCAGAGGCAGCGCCUGAGCAUCGCGCGCGCGCUGCUGCGGCGCCCCUCUUUGCUGCUGCUGGACGAGGC